AUGAACAGCCGGGAUAUCACUAACCACGAUCUUCUAAUAAUUCAGGAACCAUAUAUUAACUUCCUUCGUAACACUCGCGCCAGCCACCGCUGGCAUGUCCUAUAUCCUACUAACCAUCUCACUCACCCUCAGGAACGCUCACGAGCAAUCACCUUUGUCAACACUUCGCUCGACACGAACACGUGGCGACAAAUUCCAUUCCCGUCAUCCGACGUGGUUAUUGUACAAAUGACUGGUGACUUCGGUGCAUGCACCAUUGUAAAUAUAUAUAACGACUGUACCCACCAGAAUACCCUA